GCGUUCAGAGAAAUUGGUGGUGCGCUCUCCAGGUUUCUGACUCGUUUUGCGAGCUCAUCUGAGAAUAAUUGCCCGCAGCUGAUCAGUGACUGGUCAGUAUCGCGAAUUAUCUAGAAACAAGUCGCGUAAAAAAGGUCUCUAUGAAGCAACGCGUCACACUCCGGACUGCCAUCAAUGUUACCAGAUAUCCAAUAGCUCCUAUUGCUUCCUGGCCGUUGCCGCGAAGAGUCUCCCGCUUGAAUGUCGCGUUGCAUAACUUUCGCUGGUGGUUUUCAAUCCUCCACACCAUAAGCAAUUCUUACGGCUGGUUUUACAACGUUUAUAGCCACAGUGGCGACCCCGACGUCAUGAUUAGAGCUUUGUCAGAGAUUGGUGCCUUGUACUCUACGAUUUUCAAAAUGUUGAUCUGCAAAAUAGAAGCUCCAGGUCUGCAGCCUCUACCAGGAGCCGCGGAUUAUCCAUUUCCACUAGAGCCAACAUGGCUUUGGAUGAUUCUGUACGCUUCGCACAGUGUGAUCAUAGCCCAGGUCGGAUGCAUGGCAAUACUCGACUUUAUGUUCGCAAUUCUACUGUGGUAUGCCGGUGCCAGAUUUGAAAUGCUGGGAUUAGAAUUUCAAUGGGCAACUACUCCGAGUGACGUUCAACGCUGCAUCCGAAAGCAUCUAUAUCUGAUAAAAUACGUGGAUAAACUGAAACUCGCGACGCGUUAUAUGGCUCUGGAAGUCACUACUAUUGCAGUUUUCGCCGUUGUCACAGGAGGCUUCGUACUUAUCCGUAUUUUUCUCUCCGUGCACAUACUGGCGAAGUAUGUUUUCUUCGAGUUGGUUUCCGCUUUGGAACUCUUCUUAUUCACCUGGCCAGCAGACAAUCUAAUCGACAAGACCGAGAAAAUCGGAUACGCAGCCUACGGCUGUACCUGGGAAGGAAAACCGUCCGGUAUGCUUCAGGACUUGUUAAUUGUCAUGCUCCGAGCUAAAUCCCCGGCGGUCAUACCGAUUGAUGGCUUGCUUCCCAUCUUGUCAGUUGAACUCUACGGAUCCACGAUGUCGGCUAGUUUCUCCUAUCCCACAACCCUGCGAGUUAUCGCUGUUACUUAGGCAAGGCCCGACGGGAAAACGUUCACCGGUAGAACGUUGAUCGAUAGUUCACUCAGAUGAAAAUCCCGUAUAUCAUUCGAUAUUACGCUAUUCUGUGAGUGACGAUAGAUAAUAGCAAACCAGUAGAAAGUCUUGAUCAUGGAUGUUUACUAAAUGAAAUUGUGCAGUUAGUAAAUAAAGGAAAA